AUGGGAAUUCUUGUAACAGUUUUUGAUAAGUUUCAGAAAUUAGCAGAGAAAAUCCUACGACAGAAGGAACAAGAUCGUUCUCGUGCUGCGCAACACCUGCAACGUGAGUUGGAGGAAAUUGAGGUGCGAAAAUCAGAAGUGGAAGCGGUUGCUGGUGAUUUGGAAAAACGACUGCGUAUUGAUGCCGAGAAUGUAUGGAUUCUGGAGCAAUGGUUGCUCUAUGUAGAGGAGAUGAAUCAGUUGAAGCAGCGUGAAAAUGAGCUAAAACUUCAAGUACGUGAAUUUGAAGUGAACGAAGAGUACCGAAAUCUUCAACAAAAGCUCAAGGAAAUCCAGUCUGCCGAUGCUAAUACCGAUACGACGAACAGCGAGGUAAAUAAGACUACGUGUGUGAUGUUAGAAUGGGGAAGAGAUCCUCAUUAA